CUGGCUUGACUGGAGUCUCCAACUUCACAGUCUUCCUGUACUGUAAUCUGUUUGAAGGAAAUGAUGACACUGUAGAUAUGGAAGCAAGUGACCCAGGGGUUGAUCUCCAGUCCCUCUGCUCUGAUGCUGCUUGGUACUUAUCUGCUGCUGAAGCUGACUUCUUGUGGGUGACAGUAUGCAGUGAAUAUUUUGCUACAGAGUUCAACAGUACUGUGUGCUCUAACUCAUCUUUUUGGGUGGCAAGAGCUCAGAGUCAGGUCACAAUGCAGAAGGAAUUCUACUCUUUUAAUCAGACCAGCAUUGAUAACCUUUGUCAACAAAUGUCUUCUGGCCCCAAUGGAAGCUCUUUGAAAAGCACAAGUGAAAACUGUCUCAGCCAUCUGAAUACCAGAGUACUAAAUGUCCAGAACUUUAGUCGAUGUUUCUUGCCUAAUGCUUCAACACUGAUUGGAAAUCUCUGUGGCACUGAGACCACCUUUGUUCCUGUAGAAGGAAGCUGGGCAUUUGAAUUCUGCACCAAGAACUGGUACAAUUUUACUUCUUUGGGGCUGGGCACUUGUGAUAUUCGUUAUUGGACCCCUGCAUCAUUUGAAAAUGCUACCCUCUUGAAGCACUGCUGGAACAAUAAGGGUUUUAGAAACUAUAUAUGCCACAAUGAUACUAUCUAUUACCAUCUUGCUCCAAUUCACCCUUGGAUACUGGGGUACUGCGCAGAUCCAGAAACAAACUCUGGAGAUGAAAGAUGUUUCCUCCAAAAGAUAUUUGACUUGCUACCAAUACCAUAUGACUUUGAAUCAUCCCAGCUCUGUCAGAACCCAACUCCACAUCUCCUGGAGAUAUUGUACAAACUAAGCGAGUGCAAAGGGGAAGUGCAUGAACUUCAUAACUGGAUUGUAAAUGUUAAUUAUAUUCUUCGACUACUGGACUUCAUUGUGAGCCUGCCAUCAGGGUUUGAUACAGGGAAGAGGGAGGUGAGAGCACAACUGAGUGAGGCCAUAUUGCUCUCCAGUCUCCUAGACAACACCUCUUUCUAUGCAGCAUUGAGCUCUAAUGCCUCCUUGAGCGUUCUACAGGCAGUUGGAGACUUUCUGCGAAAUGAGCGCAACGUGUCCCUGAAAGAGGAUCUCCUCAGCUGCUUCAGCCCUGUCCUCUGGGACCUUAUUCAAAAAGAAGACAAUUCAUCCUCACUCAGAUUCCUCUUUCAGGAAUAUCUACAAAUGCCAAGGGAAAGCUUACGGUCUUUACUGAUGUCUGCUGAAAAUGAAGCAGUUAAACGAUUUCUGUCCCACAUGCAUCAAACAUGGAACCAGCUACAGGUGUCUCAGCAGGAUGAGCAGGCAAUGGAGAUGAUGACCUCAGCAUUGCUUCACAAGUUCCCUCGUGUCACCCCUGACCUCUUUGUUGACCUUUCACAGUUUAUCCCCUUCAUGUCAGUUUCUGACAUUAUGAGCUUUCCGUCACUCCUUUUGGUCAAUGAUAGUGUCCUGACAGCUAUCAGGGACCACAGCUCUGAAAUGAAACCACUACAGAAGAGAGCUUUUGUGAAGAGGCUGCUGCAGUCCAAUGUGCUGGGACAAGUUCCUUUGUGGCCUCCUUACUUCCUGCGAUCCCUUCAGCCACUGUUACCUCAUUUGCCACUCUGUCACUUUCAGCAGCUGACAGCAGAACAGCUCAUUCCCUUGGUGGAAACGCUGGGAAACAGCAGUUUGGACACAACAAGGGGACGCCAUGUGUUGCGUACCAUAUUUGGAAACAAGCAGAAUAUAACAGCUGAAAUUGCUCAGAGGCUUGGGAUCUUAUUGUGCUAUAUGAAUCCAGAGAACCUGCAAGCCCUCCUGAGAUUCCAGCCUUUUGUAAAGCGUCUGCUGUGGUGUGUGUCUGAGGGGCUCAUUAGCCCAACCAGUAGGCGGGCUCAUUCUCUGCUACAAGCUGUCAAGUCAGUCAAUGCCAGUGAACUGACUUCCUCUCAGUUGGCGUCACUGCGUGGGAUCCUACCUCAGCUAGGAAUCUCCUUCCUGAACCAUGUAUCCAUGACUCGCAUCACUGAUAUACUCGCCAAGCCUGGCCUCACAGACUUCUCUCCAGCACAGGCUUUCCUGAUAUUGAAAAAAAUCAUGCAAAGUAAAGAUAUCAGCAUACCACACCCUUGUCAACUGUGGCCCCUUCGGUUUGGAUUAGGCCCUGCUUUCAUGAAAAUUCUCCAACCUCCCUGGACUUCAGAUUCCUCUUGUCAGUGCUGGAAAUCACUGCUUCCUGAGCUUGGACUGGCACAAAGAGCAAUGCUAUUAGAAACACUUCAGAUCUUGAGGAACGGUUCAGAAAAACUAAGCCCUCACAUUGACUGCCUGCUGCCAUUUGUUCCUUUGAAGGAGCUAACAGAUGAUGGAGCUGAAAUCUUCAAAAAUAUUGCUAUUUAUAAAUUUCAGCCUUGGUCAACUCAUCAGGCUCAGUACCUUUUCAAGAAGAUUCUACAAACUAGCAAUAUAACCAAGGAAGUGUUUAUGAGUUUGGGAAGCAUUGCUAGAGGAGUCACCUGUAAUUGGGUACGGAACUGGGCCAAUCAUUCUGACUUUGGUGAACUGCUCAUCUUCAUAACACAAAUACCUUUGGGGAUCCAUCCUAGUCUGAAAAAAUGCGUAAUAGAGGAAAUUCAGAAGAGAUCUGAAAUGGAUUUGCAACUACUGCCACCACAGUUUUCCAUAGAUUUGCCUCUGCGGAUGAUAGAGACUCUACCCAAUUCCUCACUGGAAGCCAUCCUAGAUCACAUCUCGAGACACUUCAGUGACUUCCUGAGACUUCCUCAUUACAAGCAGAGUGUCUUAGUGGAGAGGGCCUCAUCUAUUCUGGGAGUUGUUCCAGAUCAGGAGAUUUCAGGAAUGCUUCUAGAUCUACUAGGACCACUUUUCCCUUUCCUGGACUCUUCGCGGGUGGAGCAGGUGCAACGUGAGGCCCUCUUGCUGCGACUUGAUGAGUUCAAAGGUUACUGCCUGCCACCAGAGGCCUUGCUAGAAUUGGGACAACUCCUGAAAGAGGCAGCAGUGCUGGGGGAGCCAUCAGGCUGGACUCAGAUGCAAAUGGAGCAUGCUGGGAGAUUGGUACUCUCACUGUCUCCUCAGGAGAUUUAUCAGCUGCCAAAGGAAGCAUCAAGCUUAGACAUUGUGGAGCAGAUACUGGAAAGCCAACGAGACUGGGAGACAAGUAAGGUGGGACAGAAUUGUGGAGCCAUUGAAAAGAUAACUGAAAAGAAGAAAAGUCUUACAGCCAGGUUUGUGACAGGAACAGCAGGCAAAGGGAAAAGAGAACCCAUACCAAGCUGCUCUGACUUGAAAGGCACCUUCCCGGCAGCCUGGACCACUGGUCAGUUUCUAGGAAUGUUAGAGCAGGAACUUUUGGACUGUUUGGAUAUGCUGGGACAGGAUCCAGAUCUGAGUGCUGAACAGCGCAAGGCCUUAUGGGACAGGCUGAAACAGUUUCAGAUGUACGUACCAUUGAGAUCAGUGAAGCCAGAACAGAUACUUCAGCUCGGGUGGAUUGUUACUCAACUAAGUGACAAAGAGCUGCAAGAGCUGAACCUUUCUCACUUGGAAAUUGUAGCAUAUAUGGGACAGUUUGAUCAGUGGACUCCAAAACAGAUGAGAGCGAUAGUUUUGAAUUACCUGAAGCGUAGUGGACAGUCAAUUGAAGACCUGGAGAUGUCAAAGCUCGUAUCAUAUGGUUUCCUUAUUUGUGGACUGUCUCCCACCGAAAUUAGUCGACUGGACCCUAAGGCCCUCAGCAAGUCAGCUCUGUUCCUUGGAGAACUGAAUUUGGGAUGCUCUGAGCUUCAGGCUGAGGCACUGACCACAAGAAUUAUGCUGUCAGAUGCCUUUGGACCAGUCAGUGAGUGGGGUCCAGAAAUUUUCACGGAAAUUGGCACUCUUGCAGCUGGAUUACCAGAUGUGGUGUUGUCCUCCUUAAUCAGAGAACAGUUUGAAGGUUUGACCCCAGCUGCUAUUGGUCUCAUGCCCGCAAGCAAGUUUGCAGUUGUGUUCAGCCCAGUCCACCUCUCCUGGAUGACUCCAGAGCAAGCGAGAGCAGUGACCCCACAUCAGUGGGCCGAGUUAAACAGUGAACAGAGCCAAGCUGUCACCAUGGCACAGUAUGAGGGCGAGCUCAUUCAAGAGCAGAGAGAUCUGAUCUGCUACACGUUUUUUUUCAAUCAUCGGCCAUGUCUCACUCCCGUAUUCUACUCCUCACACAGCUUUUGUAAACUUAUCUCUUCAACAUCCUUGAGAAGUCAGAAUGGGGGCCCACUCCUGUAAUUCUUCCAUGCACUUGUCACCUUCAUCAUCACUACUGCGCCCACACCUCUGCCUCUACUCAAACUGUCACAUAAGUGGCAGAACUUCCCUACUUUCUUCAGACAACUCCAUUGCCAGUUCUUAAAUUUACACUUACUACCGGAGCUGAGGUGGUUACUCAAGGGAAGAGCUCCACUAUGGCCCCA